GAUCUGAUGAUAAGAUAUUUUAACUUUCAGGACACAUUUUAUCUUUGAUUAUGCUUUCACUGGCGAUUCAAUAGUUCACGUUCUCUCUGGCAGGAAGAUUAUUGUUCAAGGAUAAUAUCAAUUUAAAGAGAAAAUAUGUAUAUUAUAGGAACUAUACUUUUUUGCCUGAAUCUCUGUAUUGCUCUAGCAUCAAACUGUGAAAAUCUUUCUGGAUUAUGGCAAAAUCAACUCGGCUCAAAUAUGACCAUCCUUUAUAGAACAGAUAAUCAUAUUACAGGAGAAUACAGCACAGCGGUGGAAAGCAAGAUGAGAGCAGCACUCGUAACAUCAAACCUUACAGGUAUCCAUAUACCAGUUGAUGGAGGAGCCUUAGUUUCAUUUAGUGUUCUCUUCAAUCACGGUAAAUCCUUGACUACUUGGGUAGGCCAGUGUAUGGAAUGUGAUGGCGAAGAAACUUUGUUCACCACUUGGGCACUCAGGAGUCAUUUACAUAAGCCUGUUGAUAGGUGGAUGUCCGUUCGAAUUCAUCAGGACACAUUCCAAAGAGUGAAAGGAGAUGAUUCCAUUAUCCCUUUCCAUUUAAGGACACUGGGUCCUGCGAGGAAAGAUGGAAAAUCCAUGGAGUGUGAAAAGAACAUACAAGCUGGAGUUGGAGGACAUUGGGUAUCUGAAAGAAGCAAUUCUCUGCAAUUCAACGAUUGCUACGAGAGUGGAAUUUUUUCAGGAGUGAAUGAAGGAAAGGAUGUUAUUGGUCGUACUGAUGGAGGUGGGCCAUUCACAGCUCUAGGAUUUGUGUCGGCGUCUACAGAAAGUAUAACAGGAUGGACAGGCCAUAUCCAUGAAAGUCCAACAGAAAAACGAACAAUUGAAGCAUCGUGGAUGUCUCAUGAAUUCUCAAAUUCCUGCAAAGAUCCUAGACGUUUGUUGCGCUUUGGAAUGGAAAAUUAUACUUUCAGUUACUUAUACGAAGAGCCAAAGAAGGAAAAAGAAUCAAGGCUUAAUAAUAUCCUCAGAUUCUUUAGCUCUUGGAUUUAGAGAAAGUUAUUUUACGUUCUUUUUCAUAUUGUAAUGGAUAGUUGUGCUAAGUUUUAUUUCAUGUAUUUAUGGAGAUGAAAGACUUCAUUAUUAAGAAAUAAAAUAAUUAUACGAUAGAAUGAAUAUAA